GGGCACAGGUGGGUGGCACUGGUGGGCACAGGUGGGUGGCACUGGUGGGCACAGGUGGGUGGCACUGCAGAGUGGCACAGGUGGGUGCACUGCUGGGCACAGGUGGGGGCACUGCUGGGCACAGGUGGGGGCACUGCUGGGCACGGGUGGGCGGAGCUAGUGGGCGCACUGCUGGGCGGUACUUGCGGGUGUCACUGCUGGGCACCGAUCAUCAGGGCACUGAUCAUCAGUGCCCUGAUGAUCGGUGCCGAUCCCCGCUCUGACAACUGCCGGUUCUCGGCAGUACUUUCCUCACGAUGUGACAGCGUGAGGAAAGUGCAGCCGAGAACCGGCACUUGC